AUGACUGAAGAGUCAAGUGGAAGUUCGAGCAUUCCUGCCUUCUACUGCGAGCACUAUGACACGAGCGUCGCCGUUCAGGUCAGCAGUGUCUCCAUGGUUGACAACGGCAUCAGUUGUCCACAGCGUCAGUAUGAGACCAAGAGCACUGGCACAGCAUACAAGGAGCCAUACUUCGGAGGCUAUAAGUCCAUUGCAGAUAACGAGCAGCGGCUGAUUGACCUGACAGGAGUGACGCUCUUGGUAAGUUCUGUCCUGCAGAGCCUACUCCCAGACUCAGGAUGCCAACCCCGAGAACUCCAUGUGAAUGACAAGCUUUUGCUCUUCCUCAUGAAGUUAAAGCAUGGGGUGCCCUUUUCGUGUUUGGCAUCUCUCUUCGGGAUACACCGAACGACAGCAGCAAAGGCAUUCAAGCAUGUCCUCUUUCAUGUCUGUGCAGCAACAAAAUCCUGGCUGUACUGGCCAAGCAAGGCUGCAGUACAGGCAACAAUGCCCCCAAGUUUUCGCUUGUUGUACCCAAAUUGCCGGAUAAUAAUAGACUGCACAGAAUUGAAAGCAGAGACACCAGCAGGGGUUCAAGCACAGAACCUCUGGUACUCCCACUACAAGGGGACGUAUACAAUGAAGUACCUGAUAGGAAUAGCACCGAAUGGUCUGGUGACAUUCUUAUCCCCAGUCUUUGGAGGAAGAGCCAGUGACACCAACAUUACAGUGGAAGCUGGUCUUCUACCACGGCUAGAGCCUGGAGACCUCGUGCUGGCAGAUAAGGGCUUCCCUGGAAUCCGGACUGGUGUUGGACAACAGAAAGCAACGCUAGUGAUGCCCCCGUUUGCCACGAAGCCACAGUUUACUGAGGCAAAAGUGGACGCAACGUAUGAAACUGCAUCUGUGCGGAUACAUGUGGAAAGGGUAAUCCAAAGACUGAGAAUCUUUGACAUUUUAAACCGAAGAAUUCCUCAUGACCUGGCAGAACAUAUGGACAAGAUAAUGCAUGUGAUAUGUGUAAUCACUAAUGUGAAACCAGGAAUCUUUCAUAAAAAUGAUGAAACAAUGCAAUUUUAA